GCCCUGGAGGCCCCGGAGGUCCCGGAGGUCGGAACUCUGCUGCUGCUCGAGAAUCAGCCGGGCAUUUGUUGUGGUUCACUUCAGAACAUAAUGCGGAACUGUGGCAGUUGUAAAGCAUUGUAUUGAGGGCUGCGGACGUUAUGUUCCUUGGGACACACUGGUUUCUUUUUAAGCUCCUCGUGUUCUAUGUUGGAGUUGCACGUAGCUAUAAUCAGUGAAGGGUGCUGAUGGAGAUACCUGCCUGGUCCCUGUAUAUCCCAGCUAAUUUAAACGGCAAUAUGGGGUUUGGACUGGUUUCCAAGUGCUCUUCCCAGUUCCUUAUGCACGUUCAGGGUGCCAGCUUAGGUACUAUGCUAUCAGUCUGUCUGCAUGUAUGCUCUGCAAGAGUAAUUUACGUUAUGUAGAGGAAGCCUUCCCAAAAAUCAGAGAAUGGUGAGUGGCAGGAAAUAUGAUGAGGUCUAGGAAAGAGGUUAGAAGCUUGGGGACCCCUAGUGUCAUGGGAUUUUACUCUUGAACACCUGUGGGACCCUGAGAAACUAAGUGAGUAUCUGAGUAAGGGAUGGUGCAGCUCAGAAAGAUCUGAGGAGGAAUGGCUUAUUUGGGGCUUGGCUUGUGCUUACCGAGCUCUAUAUAACACUAUUGUGGAGAGAGAGAGUUCCCAAACUGAGAUCCAAACCAAAAGUUUGGAUCAGUCCGAGUCAAAAGUCCGAGUCAAUCUUGGUCACUCAAAGGAGGCACCAGUAUCAGUGUCAGUUGCCCCUGUGGAAGGCCAGAAAUGGAAAUGGGUGUCUCACAAGGGUUCUCACAAGGGUUGUAAUCAUAACCUUGGACUAUAAUGGGGGAAAACAUCCUGCCCUGCGCCUUUGUUGUGCCUCUCACUGUCCUUCAUAGCACAGUGACUGUAGGCUCAGUCCUUCACAGCCCCAAAGGACCAGGAUGAAGGAGCACAUGACAGCCAUGGCCAAAGUUUCACUCGCGGAGAAUGAAAUACCCAGGGGGAAAAAAUGGGGAAAGCAAUGCUUUUGUAGGGUUAAUAGUAAUUCUAUGUGCUUCCCAGUUUCUGGUACAGAAUUCAUUAUUAGUGAUGAUGAUGAUAUCAAAUGACAUCUCUUUGGUUUUCCAUGUGCACAGGCUGUCUGUUGUGUAUGGCUGCCCAACUGACCAAUGCAGUGAUUACAAGUCGUGUGAAGGAGUUCAUUCUCAUCGGCCUCUCUGAGAGUCGAGGUGUGCAGGGGCUGUACUUUGUGAUGUUUCUUUGCUUCUAUGCAAUGAACGUGGUGGGAAAUCUGCUCAUUAUUGUCACCGUGAUGAGCAGCCAACACCUGAACUCCCCCAUGUACUUCUUCCUCUGCUACUUGUCCUUUGUAGACAUCUGUUACUCCUCUGUCACAGCUCCCAAAAUGAUUGCUGACUUCCUUGUCAAAAACAAAACCAUCUCCUUUGUGGGCUGCAUGGCGCAGCUCUUUGGGGUCCAUUUCUUUGGCUGCACAGAGAUCUUCAUCCUGACAGUGAUGGCCUACGAUCGCUACACGGCCAUCUGCAGACCUCUCCACUACCCCACGCUCAUGACCAGGCGCACGUGCAGCCGCAUGGUGGUGGGCUCAUGGCUGGGGGGCUGCAUGCAUUCCAUUGUGCAGACUCUUCUGAUCACUCUGCUGCCCUUCUGUGGCCCCAACAAAGUUGACCACUACUUCUGUGAUGUCCAUCCCCUGCUACAGCUGGCCUGUGCUGACACCUACGCCAUCGGCGUCACUGUCAUUGCCAACAGCGGGAUGAUAGCUCUGAGCUCUUUUGUCAUCUUGGUUGUGUCUUACGUGGUGAUCUUGGUUUCCUUGAGAAGUCACACAUCCGAAGGACGGCGCAAGGCCCUCUCCACCUGUGGGUCCCACAUCACCGUGGUGGUUCUGUUCUUCGGGCCGUGCACAUUCACCUACAUACGCCCAUCCAGUGAUCUCUCGGAGGAGAAGAUCGUGGCCCUAUUUUACACCAUCAUCACCCCCAUGCUAAACCCCCUCAUCUACACACUGAGGAAUAAAGAGGUAAAGAGUGCCAUGAGAAAACUGUGGGGUAGAAGAGUAGAUAGUGAAGAGGGAAAGGUGUAGAAACGUGGACACUUUUCCCAAAGGAUCUGUCAUGAUGAUAUAUUUGGUCAGCAUUGCCACAAAAAUGUCUCUUGAAUAAAAG